CCGGCAGACGCUGCUUCAGCGUUACUAUCAAAGUUGGAAAGAGCAGGGAUGAGACGUACUCACGCCACCUCGCUUCUUUUCAAUGGGAGCUCGUUGUGCGUUCGCUAGACAGCUCUAGCUUAAAGAUGAAUUCAACGUUCAGCCUUAAUGAUGUUUUUCCAAGGAUUAGAGGGCAUAGAAGUUAAAUAAGUGCACCUCAGUAUUCAAGUUGUCGGCAAGGCUAAUUAAAACGCAAUGGAGGAGGAACAUUUCGACACAUAUGGCAUUGGUGAAAGGAGAUCUUCACUGAGCUCCGACACUAUAUCUGACAACGAGAUAACACCAGAGGAUAUUGAAUGCGAAACUGUCAAUUUUGGCGAGUUUCAACGGAAAGAUUCAAUAGACGAAAUCCAUCUGGGAAAGGGGAAGGAAGAUGUAACAAGCGAGGAGGCGAAGUGCGACUACUACGAGCGUUCUCUUCAGCUAAUAGAGGUUAUAAAAGAAGACGAGCCAGAAGAAGACGAAGAUGAAGAUGAACAAGAAAUGCUGGAUAACAUCCUGUACCCCCCUUCCAUGCCCCUCCGGAAGUGCAGCAACCCGGAGGUGUCGCAUGGCUCGGGCAUGGCCCUCAAGUUCAAGCGGCAGCUGAGCGAGGACGGCAAACAGCUCCGCAGAGGGAGCCUUGGGGGAGCGCUCACAGGAAAGUAUCUGCUGCCCUAUGUGUCGAGCCAACCAGCAUGGCAGCCUGCAUCAGAGACCUCCAACCUGGUGCGCAUGCGAUCUCAGACUAUGGGCAAGUCGGCCCCCUCCCUCACUGCAAACCUGAAGGAGCUCAGUCUACCCAGAAGAGGGAGUUUCCUCACUCCCAGAAGUCUGAGCCCAACUCCCACGAGCCCCUGCAGUCCUUGCAGCCCGCUGCACGCCUUUCAUUUUUGGAGCUGCAGGACGAGCAACAGAAAGAGCCUCAUAGGAAGUGGUCAGUCUUCAGCACUUCCCCGACCCCACUCGCCCCUUUCAUCUCACACAGGAACGAGCCCCCAAGACAGCCCUAGAAACUUCUCCCCCAGUGCCUCUGCACACUUCUCCUUCGCUCGCAGGACCGAUGGACGCAGGUGGUCUUUGGCCUCUCUCCCCUCAUCUGGCUAUGGAACCAACACCCCCAGUUCCACAGUCUCGUCGUCCUGUUCAUCACAGGAGAAGCUGCACCAGCUCCCCUUUCAGCCCACCCCCGAUGAGCUGCACUUCCUCUCCAAGCACUUCUGCACCGAAAGCAUCUCCGCCGACGACCAACGCCGCAGGGCCACACCUAUGCGGCCCCGAUCCCGCAGCCUCAGUCCUGGAAGGUCUCCAGCAUGCUGUGAUCAUGAGAUCAUUAUGAUGAAUCAUGUCUACAAGGAACGAUUUCCUAAGGCCACGGCCCAGAUGGAGGAGCGGAUCCAGGAGAUCAUCCGCUCCAGCUCCCCGGAGAGCGUGCUGCCACUGGCCGACGGCGUCCUCAGCUUCGCCCACCACCAGAUCAUCGAGCUGGCGCGCGACUGCCUGGAGAAGUCCCGCUGCGGUCUCAUCACCUCCCGCUACUUCUGCGAGCUCACUGACAAACUGGAGAAGCUCUUCCAAGAGUCUACAGAGCGCUCUGAGAGUGGGGAGGUGACCUUCAUCAAGGAGCUUGUCAAGAAAAUCCUCAUCGUCAUUGCCAGGCCAGCUCGACUCCUGGAAUGCCUGGAGUUUGACCCGGAAGAGUUCUACCACCUUCUCGAGGCUGCUGAGGGCCACGCCAAAGAGGGCCAGGGCAUCAAGACGGACAUCCCCCGCUACAUCAUCAGCCAGCUGGGCCUUACCCGAGACCCUCUCGAAGAAAUAGCCCAGCUGACCAGCUACGACAGUGGCAUAGCAGAGACGCCAGAGACGGAUGACUCUUCCCAGAGCUUGAGUGCUGCACUCCGAUCCCGCCGCAAACCCUGUGAAAACGACUUUGAGAUGAUCAAGCUGAUCAGCAACGGCGCCUACGGGGCUGUGUACUUGGUGCGGCACCGGGAGACCAAGCAGCGUUUUGCCAUGAAGAAGAUCAACAAGCAGAACCUCAUCCUGAGGAACCAAAUCCAACAGGCAUUCGUGGAGAGGGACAUCCUGACGUUCGCCGAAAACCCCUUCGUCGUCAGCAUGUACUGCUCCUUCGAGACGCGGAGACACCUCUGCAUGGUCAUGGAAUAUGUCGAAGGAGGGGACUGUGCCACCCUGCUGAAGAACAUGGGCCCCCUGCCUGUUGACAUGGCCAGAAUGUACUUCGCCGAGACCGUGCUGGCCCUGGAGUACCUCCACAACUAUGGCAUCGUGCACAGGGAUCUCAAACCAGACAAUUUGCUGGUCACCUCCAUGGGGCACAUCAAGCUCACUGACUUUGGCUUGUCCAAGGUGGGACUAAUGAACAUGACCACGAACCUUUACGAGGACCACAUUGAGAAGGAUGCCAGAGAGUUCUCAGACAAACAGGUGUGUGGGACCCCUGAGUAUAUUGCCCCUGAGGUGAUCCUGCGGCAGGGCUAUGGGAAGCCUGUGGACUGGUGGGCCAUGGGGAUCAUCCUGUACGAGUUCCUGGUGGGCUGCGUCCCCUUCUUUGGAGACACUCCUGAGGAGCUCUUCGGCCAGGUCAUCAGCGAUGAGAUCAACUGGCCUGAGGGGGAAGAUGCUCCACCUGGUGACUCCCAGGAGCUCAUCACUCUGCUGCUCAGGCAGAACCCUCUAGAACGCAUGGGAACAGGUGGGGCCCACGAGGUGAAGCAGCACCAGUUCUUUUACAACUUGGACUGGAACAGCUUGCUGCGGCAGAAGGCCGAGUUCAUCCCUCAGCUAGAGUCAGAGGACGACACCAGCUACUUCGACACUCGGUCUGAAAGGUACCAUCACCUGGAGACUGAGGAGGACACGAAUGAUGAAGACUUUAAUGCAGAGCUUAGGCAGUUCUCUUCCUGUUCACACCGCUUCUCAAAGGUGUACAGCAGUCUGGACCUGUCUCGCGGCCAGCUGGAGGAGAAAGGGGAGCAAGAAGAGAAGAAGAGCGAGAGCCCGCUGACCAUGGACUCCCUCAGCUGGACGCCCGACUUCAGCCCGCUGACCAUGGACUCCCUCAGCUGGACGCCCGACUUCACCGAGAUGCCAUCACUCUCCCACUCUUCUGACGCCGAAAGCGCUAGUGCAGGACUCCGGUCUGGCCUGCUCCCCAAGUUUGCCAUCUCAGCCGAGUCGGAGGACGGGGACGGCUCCGUGGCCCUGGAGGACCCCAGCAAGGUGAACUUCACCAUCGGGGAGCUGCCCCAGGACGAGCCUGACGCCACCACGCCCGGCAGCACCCUCAGCGGCUCCACUCUGUCUGGCGACUUCUCUGAACACGUGGACCAGCUGCCCUCCUCCCGGGGUGAGGGGGUGGUCAGCCCCGACACCACCUCCGCCUCCAAGACCUCCGUCGAGCUGGGCGCCACCCUCGGCCUGCCACGCUCAGACAUCCCGGACAAGACACCCGGCACUACCGCCACCGGUGGCAAAGUGCCGAAGUCUGUCUCAGCCAGCGCCCUCUCUCUAAUGAUCCCUGGAGAUGUUGUUGGGGUGUCCCCGCUGGCGAGUCCCAUGUCCCCGUAUUCACUGUCAUCAGAUCCGUCCUCACGAGACUCCUCCCCCAGCCGAGACUCCUCCCUCUGUGCGGUCAGCCCCCGUCAGCCAAUCAUCAUCCACAGCUCCGGCAAGAAAUUUGGCUUCACACUGCGCGCCAUCCGCGUGUACGCUUGCGACGGUGACGUCUACACCGUCUAUCAUAUGGUCUGGAAUGUGGAGGAUGGGGGACCGGCCAAUAAAGCUGGGCUGAAAGCUGGAGAUCUCAUCACCCACGUCAACGGAGAACCAGUCCAUGGCCUGGUCCACACUGAGGUGGUGGAGCUGCUACUCAAAAGUGGCAGUAAAGUAGCUAUAUCUACCACCCCUUUUGAAAACACGUCUAUCAAGACUGGUCCCGCCAGAAGGAACAGUUACAGAAGCAAAAUGAUCCGCAGAACGAAGAAACCCAAGAAAGAAAAGACACAAGAGAGGCGCAGGUCUGUGUUCAGGCGCUUUGCCAUGCAGCCCUCGCCCCUGCUGCACACCAGUCGCAGCUUCAGCUCCCUCAACCGCUCGCUGUCCUCAGGCGAGAGCCUCCCCGGCUCCCCCACACACAGCCUGUCCCCUCGCUCCCCCACCACUGCCUUCCGGCCCGCUCCAGACUUCACACAGUCAGGUGGCACAUCCUCUCAGAGCAGUUCCCCGAGCUCCAGCGCCCCAAACUCCCCCGCUGGUUCGGGCCACAUCCGGCCCAGCACCCUGCACGGCUUGGGGCCCAAGCUCCCCGGCCAGCGGCUGCGCCAGGGCCGGCGCAAGUCGGCCGGCAGUAUCCCACUCUCGCCCCUGGCUCGGACGCCCUCCCCGACGCCGCAGCCUACCUCCCCCCAACGCUCGCCCUCCCCCUUGCUGGGCCACACGGUGGGAAGCUCCAAGACCACUCAGGCGUUCCCUCCCAAGAUGCACUCGCCCCCCACGAUCGUGCGGCACAUGGUGCGGCCCAAGAGCGCCGAGCCGCCCAGGUCUCCGCUCCUCAAGCGGGUGCAGUCGGAGGAGAAGCUCUCGCCGUCCUACACGGGGGACAAGAAGCACCUGUGCACCCGCAAGCACAGCCUGGAGGUGACCCAGGAGGAGGGGGCGCAAGGGGAGGGCGCCCAGUGCGAGGCCACUCUGCAGAGCGUGGAGGAGACCUCUUGCGAGACGUUGGCGGUCACGCGGGUGCGGCCGGCCGAGCAGGGCUGCCUCAAGCGGCCAGUCACGCGCAAAGUCGGACGACAGGAGUCCAUGGAGGAUCUGGACAAGGAGAAGCUGAAGGCUAAAGUUGUGGUGAAGCGGCAGGACUGGACGGAGAGGCGCGAGUCUCUGCAGAAGCAGGACGCCAUGCAGGACAGUGAGGCGGCCACCUGCUCCUUGACCGCUGACGACAAGGACAGGAGCGUUCUGGGUAGGCCCAGCUCCAGACCUCAGGGCAAUCCGGAGUCUGGUCCCCUGGACAACAAGGGCGCCAGCGCCAACUCCACGCUCAAAGACGUAUUGUACAAGAAACUGAACACCAGAGUGUGUGAGAGCAUCGCUGAGUCAAUGAGUGGCGGUGGGGACUGUGUGUCCGUGUCACUGUGUGAGGGUGUCAGGUCGCACACGUGCCCCGGGUUGCAAGAAUGGAGCCCCCAGAAGGCCGAGCGACAGCUCGCGCGACCUUUGAAGGAGGGCGGUAAGCCGGACAGGCUAGACUUUAAAGCCUCCAGCAUGGAGUUUGUCAGGAAACGUCCGUCUUUCGACGAGCGAGAUGACUGCGUGUGCCGAUUAUCCCCCAGCAUGCACGAGAGCCAUCACUUUAGCACGACCCGCUCCAAGAGCCUCCAGCUGGACUCCGCCAUGGUCCUGGACCACAUGAAAGGCGGGUUGUGCGGCAUCCACAACUCGCCAGUGAUCACCGGAGACUCUCUGUCCCCGAAGCUGUUUACCGGCCGGGGGGAGAGCGCGGUGGAGAAGCUCCAGAUGAUCUCCUCCUCGGAGGGAUCCAUCCGGAAGACAUCCUCCGAGUACAAGCUCGAGGGGCGUCUUGUUUCCUCGCUGAAACCCCUGGAAGGUACACUGGACAUCGGCUUGCUCUCGGGACCGCGCGUUUCCAAGACCGACACCUGCCUGUCCAAAAUGGUGGACGGCCCAGGGGAAGUCACGCUAGGUCAGAGCCAGAGCGAGAAGCAGCUGUCGUUUCAGCUGCCGAAGCCCUCUGACAAGCCGAAGGCAACAUCAACAGACUCCGCGCCAGCUCAGGGAGCCGUAGAGUCCCUGAGCUCUUUGAACUCGCUUGCAGAGUGGCCUGCAGCGAAACCCGACACUACCACCACUGCCACCGCGGCCAUCGCCACCGCUCUCAUCAAAGGCUGCAGCAGCAAUAGAACUCAGCCCAGUCACGUCGAGCCAACCCACUUACCGGUCGUUAAACUGGACAUUGCUGACUCCAGUGGAAAACCGGAGAUUAGAUCAAGCGUGAAAGCCGCCGCCUCGUCCCUGGCCCACGAGAUGAGGGUCACUCGUCACAGUUCUCAUUUCUCAUACGGGAAGACUCCUUCAAUCAAAGAGGUCAGCAACGAGGACCAGGAUGAUGACUUAGAGCUACCUGAAGAGGCCACCAUGGCCACAACCAAUCAGAAACAAGACGAUCCCAAGCCUGUAAUGACACAAGAAUCACAAAACUCUAAAUCAGAAUCUAAGGCAGAAUCACAUGCCUCUCAGUCAGAAUCCCCUAAAACAGUACCUCACGCAUCUAAGUCCAAACUUGUAGAAAUAAACUUGGUUGACAAAUCCAAAUCUGAGCCUGCAAAAGUGAUCCGCAGCCUCCAAACUACUCUGUCUCCUAAGCAGAGAGUAGACUCCCCGUCAGAGCUGGCUGGUGCACAGAACAGUGACGAAGAGCAGAAACCAAGUAGUCCAGUUUCAGGCAAAGCUUCAGGGCACGGUGCCUCACAACAUGGCUCAGCACCUUCACAGAGUGUGCUGCUUUCUCCCCCCGAGCACAGUGCUCAAACGAGCGCAGCCAAGGAUAAAGCUGUUGAUGCGAAGACACCUGAAUUCCAACAGAACCCUGUCAAAGACAAACCAGCUCCUACACAAAACUCAACUUCUCCAGUAAGCGCUGUCAAAGAAAAACCAGCCGCCCCCACACAGAAUUUAAUUACAUCCGUAAGUUCUGGUCCUGUGCUGGCAAAAAGUACCGGUAAAGAAAUUCCAUCCAGCAGCAUAACUCCGGUUUCAGAACGUUCUCAUUCGCAGACCGCUGUCAAAGACGCGCCAGCGAAAACACAAACACAGAGCGGACCUUCAGAUCCACAUCCCAGUCAUCCUCCGAGCUCCGCUGCUGCCAAGGACAAACAGGUCAGCACACUGAGCUUGGCCUCAGCUUCACAAGAAAGCCCCGGCCCCAAAGGUACGGCCAUUUCUGAAGCCGCUUCCCCGCAGGCCAAGCAGAAGAAAUCAGGCAGCCCACCGAAAGUCAACACGGGGCCGAAAUCCUUGCUGACUUCAGCUGUUGCUCCAUCGGAGGAUGUAAAGAGGUCUUGUGGCUCGGUUCCACAGUCUCAGCAGCAGCAGCAGCAGCAGCGCUCGGACAGAACCCCGCAUGCCACCGCCGACAAGGUCCAGACAGAGAGGGCCCUUUCAGCGCCUGCCAGCGGGACGACGUCCACUUUGCAAACUGGCAAGGCCCUCAAAACCACAACGUGUUUCCCUAACAAAACGGCCGAGGCCCAGGAGACACCUUCCUCUGAAGGGGAGCUGAAAGGCUGCGUGGCGAAAGGCAACACCAGCACCGCUGCUUCGAAAGCUGAAAUCACAAAGAAGGGUGAGCUGAAGAGAGAGGAUGUAGCCACCGGUAAAGCAGCAGCAGAAAGUAGCACCUCAAUUAAGAACGUGGCCGUAGCUCCGCAGAAGAUGCUAAGCAAUCAGGGCAAAGCCACGGAUGGACAGACAGACACCAGCUUAGCCAAGGCAGAAGACAAGCCACGAGUGAAGGGCUCUCCAGUGUCCGAAAGCCUGCACUCGGCCAAGGCCUCGGCUGACAGAGCUGUCAAAGAAACCAGUCCCUCACGGUCAACAAAGCCACCCCAAACUUCACCUUCAAUGUCCGUUAGUGGAAAACAGGCCACUGUGAGCUCCAGAAAUAAGCCGAGAGUAGAGUCCCCCCUGGUGUCCCAAUCAGGUGUCAAAGCAACGGAGAACAAAGGGAAAACAGAGAGCCAUUCAGCAGCUUCGGCUGCAGCUAAAGACACCCAACAAGCAAAGCCAAAAGAGCAGAGAGAGACAACAGUCCUCGCUGCCCAAACCCAGAGGGAGACUGUGAGCCGUGGCAGUGCCAGUCUGGCCUCCGUGCCCGUGCUCCCCGUGCCCGCUGUCAGGGUAGAGAUCCACACACCCAGUGGGGCAGUGGUGGGUAAGGGCACGCCCAGCACAGCUGAAUCCACAGCAAAGUCCACCAAGGAGGAAGCGGCCAGGGCGCAAGGUGAGGGCCCCAAGCUGCAGUCUCAGAGGAACCAGGGACCAGGGGAAGUGGUGGGGACUACCAGUGAUCUCAAAUCAACUUCUGCCGAGGCCAAGGCUGGAGUCUCCUCUUCCUCUUCAAAUCGAAAGGAGAUGGCCGAGAAGAAGAAACGAGAGGCUGGCCAGGAGCAGUCAUCCACGCAAAAACACGCCGGCAAAGAUGCGUCUAGAACAUCUGCGCCCGCCAAAGAGGCAACAGCGGCAGAGAAAGAGUCCGUCCGUCCGAAACAAUCAAAGGAAUCUCCUCGCGGCUCAAACAAGAAGUGAUGCACAGACUGGGGCAGAUGGCGGGGGAUGGACUUCUGUUUGCAGCCACCAUUUCUAUCCAAUCUUUUAGGAAUGUUUUAAGAGGCUGUUUCUUUUUUCUUUCUGUAUGUCCUAUCAUUAUGCCUUCCUUUUUUGAGGACCGGUGAAGCUGUUACUUCAGUGUGCGUACCAAGUAAGAAACACUUGAGUAAGCAGAUUAGCUUGGUGAAGGGUGUGUGUGUGUGUGAGAGAGAGAGAGAGAGAGAGAGAGAGAGAGAGAGAGAGAGUGAGACAAUACUACUAUGUGUUGAAAAAUGAAUUUGAAUGUAAGACAUAAUUUCUUUUGCUGCUGAUUUGUGGUCCCUUUUUAAUUAUCUGCAGUGAGUAGGGAGCGAGGAGAAAAAAAGUAAUUCUGUGUCUAAAUAUGUUUUGUGUUGUGGAAUAAUUAGUAAAGCAGAGGUUUGUGCAACCUGUAAACUAGCAGAGGCAGGGUGAAGUCCCUUCAGUGGUGUGCCAACUGCCACGGCCGUGCAUGCCAGACUCCGUACUAAACACAAAGCCCCUGUCCGUAGACACAUCGUACUGGGCCUGUGCUGAGACUAAAUGAUGGCCAGGUCUUUUCCUCCCGAUCGAAAAAUUCUGCUGAAACCCGCCAUGGUCUUUGCACAUGAUUUAAACCAUCAACUUAUCAAAAAAAUAAAUACAAAACAAAAGUGUAGCAAUGGUGCUGAAGAAGUAGCAUGCAGUUGUCAUGCAAAACGUGUGAUCUCACCAAUUUUUUGUUUGAUUAGUUUUGUUUGGGUUUUUCUUUUUGUUUGUUACUCUGUUCUGGUUGUUUUACCCUUUUAGAGAUGAAGUGUGCAGUUUUGUUUUGGGUAGUGGUGCACAGAGCCAAUGCACUAUGUCCUGUGCUUCUCACCUAGAACUAUUUACUAUGGAAUCAUCUUACGGUUCUGGAAUCAUAUCUAGUGGAAGGGGCCUUUUGGGUUCAUGGGGAAUUCGGCUUGCUGUUCUUAGCAGGUUAUGAUAAAAUUCACAUUCCUUUCACAUAACAUCUCUACAUUUCUAAAAAGAAAAUUGAUUUUUAUGCAAUAUACUGUAAAUAGGACUAAGUGAACUGUACAAAAUGGGGGCUACAUGGGCUCAAUCAAAUAUGUGUGUUGUAUGUUUUAUAUGUAUAUAUUUUGCUAUCUCAUACAUUUGUAUACCAUGCUCAACGUUUGGUGUUAGUUCUGUCAUUGUUAUCUUGAUAAUUCUGGACUUCUGGAAGUAGCUACCAAUAGGAAAAGGCAUAAUCUCUCUCAGAUUGUGUAAUGAAUUGUACUUGAAGCAACACAAGCUUAAAAUGAGAGACUGGACACUUUUCAGUAAUGUGUCUCUGUGAAAGUAAAACUGAGGUGCCUGUAGUAGAUCUGAGAAUAAGAAUGUCUUUGAUUUGUUUUUUUUUUGUUUUUUGCCGUAAUGACCCACAAUGGACUCACAUGGGUGUCUCACUUUAAAUUUGCACCAAUGCUCAGAAUAUGGAUGUAACUUUAAAACUAAAAUGGAAAACCAAUAGCCUCAAUUUGGAAGACAAUAUACCUUAUACUCAGUUACAUUUCUUAUAGCAGUUUCGAGGUGUGAAGGCUGUUGUCUGGCUUGUAUUUGUGUGGCUGUUUAAACAAUAAAGAAUUUGGCUCAAUAGAAAAGGCGGAUGUAGGACUAGAGGUUUGGAUUUCCACCUCUUUACACAGUCGGGUGCCAGAGUUGAAGAGGUUCAGCAUCCAACAGCAUCCAACAUCCUCUCAUAAGCUCAUACUCACCCUGUCCCCAUUUGUUCGCAUAAUAUCCGGCAUAAUGUAGUCCUUUUCCAGAACACUAUGCAGAACUGAUCUUUGGCCGAGUGCCCUUUCAUCUCUGUAUUUCAGCUGACGGGGGAUUACAUGUAGACAAUAACAGUCACCGCACAGUGCAGGUGAAAAACACUUUUCCAUUACCUAACAUAAGAUUGUGAAAUGGUUUUAAAAAAUGGCGAUGCAUUUUGUUUCAUAGACUUUUGUCUCUGAUGUUUGUGCAACCUCAAACCCUUUGAUUUUUGUGUUGCUUUUAUAACAUUUCAAUAGUCAAUAGUGAUGAAUACAUCUAAAAGAACAAUCACAUCCUGCAUAGUUUUUCUCAAUAAAAAUAUAUUGUCCAUUGCUCUCUUCAAACUAACCGCAAAUGUUAGAAGUGGUGCAGCAAUGAAUCAAGCCAAUGCUUUUACAACCCUUCCACUUAGAUGUUAAUGGAACCAGCCGAGCACAUACCAACUUAGUUACAAUGUUACAAUAUCUGUAGGCUAUAUUACAAUGCUAGACACUUAAUGGUAUUUUAAAGGGGCUAAUGGUAAAUGCAUCUAUCUAUAUAUAGCAGGACACAUACUGUAUGUUCGAGAGCCAUUAGGGAAUGCCACACAUAAAGCAUAAUUAAUGACCUAGAGAUUUUUAAAAUAAAAUACGUUGUAAGAUUCUGAACUUUUAAUGUUCAUAGAGUAAGCUGUUUCUGGGAGAUAAAAAUGCACCUUAUUGUUGGAUAUGCAACAAACAGAUUUAAUAAGACUAUCUUGAGAAGAAAGAAAAAAAAAAGUAUAUAGAUCAUGCUGAAAUGUGAAUGUCUACUCGAGCGAUUUUUACAUGAUAACAGUUGUCGUCAUAAAGGAAUCACAUAAAAGCUCAUUAAAAUUAAUGGAGUCUUGUUUGUCCCUAUGCCUUUUUUCCGCUGACAUUUGAUGUUUAAAAUCUCUUUAAAAAGCACAUUAAAUGUUUGUUUACAAUACUUCAUGGAUGUAUAUUUUGUAUAUUGUGUUAUUAAUUUGCCAAAAUCUGUGUGCAAUGUCACAGAAAAACUUGUGGUGAUUGUAGUGUCUGUGACUGCUUAUCUCAGUCAAACCAAGCUGUAUAAGACUCUUUGUUAGUCUGCGUUAGUGCAGACCUUAUAUGUCAAAACAUCUGUCUGGUUCUAAAUGGUCCUGCAUUUUUUUUGUUUUUGUUUAUUUUUUGAAGGGGGGGGGGGGGGUUACUUUAUUUUCUCAAUGUGUGUAAACUUAGUGUUAGAUGACUGCUUCUCAUGAUUGGUCUUUUAGGAUCUGUGCAAUAAAAUGUGUUAUGAGUUUUGUAUUUCACCCAAUGAAAGCUCUAUGGAUGUCAUAGAUGUUGUAUACUAUAAAAAUAUUUAUACUUCUAAAGUUGUACAAUACUAAAAAUAAAAUGGCAUGAAUGAA